ACGAGUGAUGACGCCUUCGGGACGCCCCUCAAGACUAUCUUGGCCCUAGCCGCCUCCAGCCUGGUGCCCCUGGCAUGGGCAAAGAAGGUCCAUUUCGACUUAAAUCUCACUUGGCAGAAGGGAGCGCCCGAUGGCAAUGCCCGAGAGAUAAUUUUCAUGAACGAUCUGUUUCCUGGACCGGAAUUGCGAAUCACCCAGGGUGACGAUGUGGAGGGACGACUUUUUGGAUUACAUUUGUUCAUCACACAGGAUCCGUUCCAACAAGACUUACCAAUUGAGCCUGGCCGAAGCUGGACUUACCGGUGGAAGGCCACUCAAUAUGGAACCUACUGGUACCAUGCUCAUGCUCGCUUGGAAAUGGCCGAUGGCUUGUACGGCGCAAUUUGGAUCAAUCCGGCUCCCGAAACUCUUGACCCCUUGCUCCAGAUUUCCACCGAUCCCACCGAUAUUGCGACAAUGAAGAAAGCGGAGAAGAAUCUUCACCUUUUUAUACUGUCAGAUUGGGAUCACUUGACUGCUGCAGAAUACCAACAAGCCCAAAGAGACUCUGGUCUCAAUCUUGCCUGCAUGGACAGUGUUCUAAUCAAUGGCCGCGGUGCCGUGUAUUGCCCAGGAACCAACAAUAUUUCCAGUGUUGAGCUACCUUACCUCAAGACUGCCAUUGGCAACCAGCCCUUGACCGACAAGGGGGUGAAUCAAUCUCCCGAGAUUCAUUCGAUCCAGAGGCUGACAUUUUCCCUCCAUAGAUGCCUGCCCAAUAUAUACCAAACCCAAGGUGACUUUCCCCCAACCAUCGAAGCCAAUGUUCCCAAGGGUCUCAAUGCUGGCUGUAAACCUACCACUGGAUUGCACGAAAUUAUCAACGUCAACGCCGAUCAUGGCUGGGUCAGCCUCAAAUUUAUCAGUGCAGCCUUCAUGAAGUCCUUGAUGUUCUCCAUCGACGAGCACCCAAUGUACAUCUAUAAAGUUGACGGAAGCUAUAUUGAGCCGCAGCUGGCUGAGAGCGUUGCGAUCUUCAGUGGAGAGCGCUACGCGGCCAUGGUCAAACUUGACAAGCCCUACAAGGACUACACGAUCCGUGGCUCUGAUAAUAUCUAUCCCUCCCAGCCGUUUGUGGACUACGAGGGCCGAAGUACAUCUGCCGCUGUCAAGGCAUUGGACCAGAGGAACAUGAAGCCUUACCCUCCGGUCACAGUACCAAGACACGCCGACCAGCUGACCAAGAAUGGCACCUGGGUCGACCUCCUCCUGCAGCUAGGCGACAUGUCUCAUACGCCCCCCAUACAAGCGACCCAUGUGAUGCACAAGCAUUCUAACAAGGGUUUCAUUCUUGGUGCGGGUCGUGACUUCUUCAUCUGGACCAGCACUGAAGAGGCUAACGCUGAGCGUCCUGAGCUUUUCCAGUUGGACAACCCUCUGAAGCGUGACACUUUGUUACAAAUGGACCCACCGGCCCGACUUGGAUGA